AUGGUUUUUGAGAGUUCCGUUGAGGAGCUUCCUCCUGGGUGGAAGGAGCAAGUUAAGGUUUAUUCAAGUGGACGAAAGGUUAAGUGUUAUACUCAUCAGGAGAAGGGACUAAAGUUAUACUCCAAAACAGAAGUCCUUUCAUAUGAUAAAAUGCGGUCUAGUGAAGGAACUUUGCAGUUAGUGACUGAACAAAAACAGGAAAGCAGUCCUUCCAAGAGUAAAGAUGAUCCAAUUGCAGUGGAUGAUGAACUUCUUCCUGAAUGGUUGCCCCGUGGAUGGAUGGUGGACCCCAGGUCUAGAAAAAAUGGCCCGUCGGCUGGAUCCACUUACAAGAUUUAUGUUGAGCUGAAAACUGGACGCAAAUUUAGAUCAAAGACUCAGGUGAUGAAGUACCUGGAAAGUGUUGGUAGCAAUUCCACACCAAAAAAUCAAAAGCAAGUAGGUAAUGGUUAUAAAUGCUUGAAGCAAGAUGCAUUGCAGGAUCCUCAGCCUAUGGUGGACAAGAGUAUUAUAACGGGUGAAAACAACAAUCUGGUUGUUGGGAUUACAUUUGAGGAAUUUAGUGCUGAUAAAUAUUUAACUCAAGAUGCAGCACCAAAUCGUCAGCCUCUGGUGGACAAUAGUGUUAUAUCUGGGAAGGAUGACAAUGACAUGGUCAAAAUGGCUUUGCAGUUUGAUUAUAAGGUUGUGGAUAGAAGUUCUGUGCUAGAUGGUUUUCCUCCCGGAUGGGUGAAAGAGUCUAGACCAAGAAAGAUGGAUUCCAGAAAGGACCCGUAUUACAUUGAUCCUAUAAGUGGAUAUGAAUUUCGGUCCAAAAUGGAUGCUCGACGCUACCUGGAGACGGGAGACAUUCGUAGCUGUAGAAUAAAACCAAGGAAAAGCGUAGUGAAGUUUGAGGAUGACGCAUCUGCUCCAAAAACUGAUAGCUUGAACAUAGACCCAAUAGCUAUUGAUUAUCAUGGAGCACUCUCCGGUUCUCCAACUGCUGUCUUGCAAAGCUCAAAUCUGUCAGAGGCUAAAAAGUCCAAGGAAAGAGAGACCUAUUCUAUUUCUACUAGCCCCAGUUCAACGACAAUGGAUGCAAAUGAAGACAAGAAGUUGACUUGUGAGGUACUUGAAUGUUGUGGUUCUGAGCAUAGCUCUGAAGCAAAUAUCAAAGGCUCUAACCCAUAUGCGAAGCUCAAUGAUGAUAGAGCUGUAUCCAUCACAACCAAUGCUGAGUUGCAGGACCAGAAACCUGCAGAAGAUCAGUUGGACAUAAAACCACCGGAUAACUUGGCAAAAUCUAAGAAGAGGAAAUCAAGGAACAUCCCUGCUCGGUCUUCAAAAAGGCUAUCAGGUCAAGAACCUGAUAUUCAGCCAAUGAUGCUUUCUAGUGGAAGAGUUCUACGGGCUGCCAGUAAGAAGUCUCAGAAGGAGGUUAACGCUUCAGUCAAGGAACAAAAAGCUGCAGCUGACGGAUUGCCACAUCCGCUGGACAUCAAUGUGAAAAGCGAGCUCCCUGCAGAUCCUCGAUUUUCUUGUACUUCUUCACUCGAAACAGAGAUCCGAUGCAAUAUUGAAAAACCUUUGGUGUGCCAGGUUGUCCCAGAGCCACCAGAUCUUCCGUCUUCUUGCAAAGUUGCUUCACUACAAACAGAUAUGCGAAACAAUAAUAACAAACCUUAUCUGGGCCAGGAUGUUCCAGAUCGAGCAGUGGGGCAACCCGGGGAAGAGAACCCCGGGUCUCAAGAUUGGUAUCCGUUUGGAGACUCUUUGUCUGAUCCAUGCUAUGAAUUUGCAUUCAAGACCCUAACAGGUGAAAUACCACUCGAGGAAACGCUGGCCUUCCAUAACCUUUUCCAACAAUCUUCUGAAGGGUCCUGUACUCAAGGGCGGCUUAAUGUGGGGCUAACAGAAAUUGACACGACUCCCUUGUUCCAGAAUGAUGUGCCUUACCAACCGCACCCUGUCCAGAAUAAUUUACCCUCAGGCCAGCAGCCAUGUAACACAAAUGUGACUUUAUCAAGCUGCGCUACGUUUGGUAGUCAGCAAUCUGGCUUGGAGGCAAGGAGAAAGGACUAUAAGACUAAGGUCAAUUCUUAA